AACAAUUGAUUAUAUAAAUCACAUAAAUGUUUAAAUUGUAAAUAUGUUUAAAUCGUUGAUAAAUUACAUGCCAUUCAUAUCCAUGUCAUGCUUAGAGGCAAUGCAUUCACUAUCACUUGCUUUGUGCUAACAAUUGCCACAAAUCUGAGCCACUCUUCAAUAGAUCCGACAAUCUGGAUGUGUGUGGACGGAGAGGUGGACACAGCGGUGCGGACCCGAGACGGCAGUACUUAUAUGUUUAUGAGUUACUGGUUCUGGAAACUCAACGACCGAUUGGAUGGUGUGGUCGGAAACGCGAGCCUUAUAUCACAUGAAUGGCAACAUUUGUACAAUAAUAUUGAGACCGCUUUCUAUAUGUCGGGUAACUCUACGCCAAUGACUGGAAAGACAUUUUUCAUUCAGGACAACAAAUGGUUUCAAUUCACAAAUCAAGUGUUUGAAGAGUCGGGAAAUGUGGAGAACUGGACAGACAUUCCUUCUGGGGAUCUGUUGGUGAUAUCUCAGCCAAACAAUCCCAUAAUAGGUGUGUAUGAGAAGCACGUGGGCAUCGGUCUCGUCGGCUAUUACUUUGACAAACCAUUGGCGCCCGAAACAAUCUGGAUGUGUGUGGACGGAGAGGUGGACACAGCGGUGCGGACCCGAGACGGCAGUACUUAUAUGUUUAUGAGUUACUGGUUCUGGAAACUCAACGACCGAUUGGAUGGUGUCGUCGGAAACGCGAGCCUUAUAUCACAUGAAUGGCAACAUUUGUACAAUAAUAUUGAGACCGCUUUCUAUAUGUCGGGUAACUCUACGCCAAUGACUGGAAAGACAUUUUUCAUUCAGGAUAACAAAUGGCUUCAAUUCGCGAAUCAAGUGUUUGAAGAGUCGGGAAAUGUGGAGAACUGGACAGACAUUCCUUCUGGGGAUCUGUUGGUGAUAUCGCAGCCAAACAAUCCCAUAAUAGGUGUGUAUGAGAAGCACGUGGGCAUCGGUCUCGUCGGCUAUUACUUUGACAAACCAUUGGCGCCCGAAGUGAGACAUAUUGUGGCCAAUACUAUACCAUUUGAUUUGUCGGAAACCUGUGCUGUCAUUGCCUACGAUGACGGCUCGUAUCUAGUCUUUUACGACGACACCAAAGUUGGCCGCAAUUGUCGUAUCGUUGAUGUGAAUCGAGGCAUAUAUAACUAUUUCUUGGAUGUGUUUCUGUCGGAAGUGGUGUUCAAACGUAUGAUUCUUAUCAUACGAUCGGCGAACAAUUAG